AUGUUUUGCAACGAUUCUGCAACAAAUCGGAAUUCAACUGACGGAAUACCGAUAAAAUUCAAGCGGAUUCGUGAUCAAACACCGUUAUUUUUGGCAGCAUCUGAAGGGCAUGCUGAGGCAGUUGAGUUGUUAUUGAGUGUUGGUGCAAGCAAAGAAAUCACCGAUCAGAAGGAGCGAUCGCCGAGAGAUGUCGCAGCCGAGAAAUUAUUCUUAGAAGUGGUGAAUUUACUCGACUCGGUGCCCACUCAACGAGUGAUGCCGAUCAGUUUGAGCAAUCGCUUGUCAGCAAUGAGUACCACAUCGCAGCAGCGAUCAAAAAAGCACAACAAAAAAGCCGUGCAG